AUGGACAUGGAAAUGGCUAAUUUACUAGUUGAUGAUCGAUACAUUUGUGGAAUAUGUAAAAAAUUAUUUAUUGAACCUUUGUCAGCGGGAUGUGGUCAUCGUUAUUGUAAAAGAUGUGUUGAAGGUCUUAUAAAUUCAACUGAUCAAAAAUGUCUGGUUUAUAAUUGUCGUCAACUCUUACUACCAACUGAAAUUAUUUUUGACGUAGGUUUCAAACGUGAAAUGGAAGCAUAUGAAAAAUAG